AAAAGCACGCGUCGAAUUUGACUUGACAGUUCGUCGCGUCCUAACAGCUGUUUUACCAAUUGCCUCGAAAAAGCACGAUUUUAAAAUCGGUUGAGCUGUAUGCACGUGUUGGAGAGUUAUCUUGAAAAAAGUAUAGUUCAUGUUUAAUAAGUGAUUAAUAUGGAAGAAGAAGUCGGUAUAAAAGUGACAAGGCUUAGGAGAAGGUUGUCUGUUGAUGCUGAUGAUGUUUUGUCACCCUCCUCACAGUCAACACCAACAAAGAAGAGGAGUGGAAGACUUGCAGCUAAGCCACAGUUGGAACUCAUUGAUGAAAAUGUACCAGACCUUGUUCCAAACAAGACAACCAAAGCCAUAGCCGCAGAAGAAAAAGUACUCACACCAGCAAGACGCAGCCAAAGGAUUCGUUCUAACACAAGCAUUCUAUCGGAGACUCCAGAAAUUGAAGAGAAGAGUACUCCAGCAAGGCGUACAACCAGAGUCAAGUCUAAUACCAGUCUUGUAGCAGAGGUGACAAGUACUACCACACCAAGAGCUAAGAGAGCAGCAAGGAGGAAUUCUCAAAUAGGCAGUGACAAUGAAGCCCCUAUUACUCCCGUCAGACAGACUCGAAGAACUCGGAAAGACUCCACAUCCAGUGUGGACAAAACAGCUGACAAAGGCAGCCAAAUCAAAGAAGCCAUUGUUGAAGAAACAGAAAACUCUGACAAUAACAAAAAGGAUUCACCCAUCAGGAAGAGUCCCAGAUUGAGUGAAAAGGCUCUUAGCAAGGCACAGCCAGUGGUUCAAAUAGAAAAACUUGACUUAACAAGCAAGACUGAUACAUCAAUGACACAAAAGGAAAACAAGGAAACAACAAAGGCAGUAGAAGAAAAGCCAUCUGAAAACAACAACCUUUCAAUUACCAGUUCUAAAUUGAUUAAAGACUUAGAUGAUGCACCCAAAAAAGCCAAAAAUGACAUGAAUAAGAGUGCCAAUGCUUUAUAUGACGAAGCCUUACCUAAACCCAGAAGGAGCAGAACUAAAUCAUGGACAACUAUAUCCGUAGAACCUUCACAUGACAACAAUUUCAAUAGUGACAGUGAAGUAUUUAAAAAGGACAGCAAAAAGAAAAAUAGUACACUUAAUACCUCCAAUAUGUCUGGUUCUGGAGAUGGUAUUAUGAACACAAGUAACAAACAGAAUGAAGACGUUAACACUUCAGUACUUUCAGAUAAGAAAAACAAGAAGCGUCAGGAAAAAUCCUUGAUCAUGGAUACUGAAACCACAGAUCCAGUUUUAAGUGGAUCACCUAAACUAAAAAAGUCAGAAGUUAUAUCUGAAGAUUCGUCAGAUUCCAAAAAGGAUAAAAAAGAGCGUAAAAGUUUAAAUACGUCUAAAGAAGAUACUGUAACUGAGAAACUGUUCCAACAACCACCUACUGGCCUUAUCACAUCUUUAGUAUUCAUUGACGACUCUGACUCAAAUCAUGAGAGUGUUGGCAAAGGAAAUACAGAGAAGGACUUUGACAGUGGAGAUCAAUGCGUACCAGUUGUUGACCAUGGUUUAGGAUCCAACGAAACUAAAGAAGCCGCAAAUAACUUGAGCUACGAACCAAUGGAUGUUGAUGAAACUCUACCUGAAAAUAUAUCUCUAUCGACUUUCGCACAGAAGAAUAAUUCAGUUAAACUCGAUGACAAGGAAAAUGAAUCACAAAAACGGAAGUCAUUAAAUAUUUCUCAAAUUAAAGACAACAGUUUGUUGAAUUCUAAAAGAAAGUCAUCUAUUUCCAAUGUUGUUUCGGAAGAUACUCUUGAUGGCACUAACUUGCCAAGUCGAACAUCUUUGGAUAAGAGCUCAGUAAAUAAUAGCUACACUAACAAUUCUAAACGAAAUUCUUCUGUUUUUAAUGUCUCAACCAUAGACUUGAAACAUAACAUUGAAAGUAAUGUCAAAAGAUCUAAAACUAAGUCUUUGACUGCUGAGGAAGUUAAAGACGUGAUCAUGGAGGAAAUAACCAAUAAAUCAAAUAGAAGGCCUUCAUUAUUAGAAGAUAGCAUUAAAAAUUCUAGCACAACGUCAGCCGGAGCCCUCGUUAUUGAUGAAUCUGUUAAUACGAGCCUUAACAAAUCUAAAAACAAAAACUCAGUAUCUGCAAUAGUUGCUGAAACUGAGAAAAGAAAGUCUUCAAACUCAGACUCGGUUAAUGUUGAUGAUGUAAUGAAUAAAAGUGAAAAUAAAUCUAAAGAUAAAUCAUCAAUUUUAAAUGAAGUAAAUGAUGCAGAUAAAAGUCUCAGUAAGUCGAAAAGAAAAUCUUCAAUAGGACAAGAAAAUCAUGAUAAGACUGACAAUGCCAACAAAAGCACCUUAGUGUUGUCUCAGUUAAAAGACUUAUCUCAAAGCGAAUUAAAUGCUGAAACUAACAACCUUAAAGAAUCUAAUGAUACCACAGCAAAAUUAUCAAAAUCCGUUAAUACUCCAAAUGUAACAUUAGAUAAAGACUCUGAUAAGAAGAAUUUAUCACUAACAUAUUUGACAAGCACUCCUUUACAGCAGAAGUCGUUGAAAAAGUUGGGCAUGCAGAUCAAUAGUUCAAUAAUCACACCAAGCAGUACAACUAAAAUAGAGAAGAAGAAUACUACGAAAAACUCUACAAAAGAAGCUUCUAUCAUGUCGCAAGAUUCUUCCGAAGAUGAUGAGUCUGAAGAAGAUGAUGACUCAGAAGCAUCUGAAGAAGAAGAAGAAUCAUCUUUAGAAAAAAGCAACUUGAUGGACGAUGAGGCCGAAGAAGCAGGUGAGGGUUACGAAUCAGGAGACAGCAGAGAUGAAGACGAAAAGGAAUACGAGGAACAAAACGAGAUUGUAAUUAAAGGUGAAACUCUAGACUCUGAUGACGAAGAAGAAUACUCAGACGAUGAAUACGAAAAGGAUUCAUUCAUAGUUAGCUCGGAUGAGGAAGAUAAUGAUCUACUUAGCGGAUCAGGCGAUGACCUUGAUAUGAGCGAUAAUGAACUGAAAAUGACCUCAAAAUCUAAAAAGAAAUACAACGAACGUAAGUCCAAAGAACAAAAGAAGGCUUCUAGAGAAAUGUUUGAAGCGAGACAUCAGCUGGAUGAUAAAACUGGUUCUAAAAAGAAAAAUAAUCGUCAACGUUUAGACUCGACUUCCUCUGAAUCUGAUGACGAAGUAAAAACACAGCCGAAGAAAAGGCGUCAAAGAAUUGACUCUAGUCAAGACAGAAGCAAUGUGCAGUCUGAUGCUGACAAGUCUUUAACCAAGAAGAAGACGCCAAGACUAAUGUCAGUAUCCUUUUGUGAAGAUAAUGAAAAAGAAACAACCAUUCGUGAAGAUGCUGAAUCAGAGGAGAAGAGCAAAGGGCGUGAAAACAAAUCUAGUCAAGAAGAUAUCAGCAAUGCUCAGUCUGAAGCCGAUAAAUCUAUCUCAAAGAGAAAGAUAGCCAGGCGCAUGUCAGUUUCCAUUUGCGAAGAUGACGAAAAGGAAAAGUCUGUUACCGAAGUCUCUGGAACCGAACCAAGAAACAAAAAGCUUCCUCUUGAUAAUAGUCAAAAUGUAAGCAAUGACCAGUCUGACCCCGAAAAGACUUUAUCCAGUAAAAAGAAAAAGAUAAACAGACGUAUGUCUGUAUCCAUAAGCGAAGAUAUUGAAACGAAUGAGGAAGAAAUCACUAUUCGUGAAGAAGCUGAACCAGGCAAAGAUGACCCAUUAGCAUUGCAGCAUGCUAUUAAAACAGAACCAAAGACUCCUCAGAAAGAUUUAAAUAUUUCAACUGUAGCAGUUACCAGUGUUGAUGAUGCGGAACAAGUCAAUGUUGACGAAAAUGUGACAAUCUUGGAAUCUAAUCAAACAUCAGACCCAUUACAAACCACUAUCGCUCCUGACGCUGACAUCCACGAGGAUGACGAUAGCGAAGAUUCUAUCAGUGAAAAUGAAGAAAUAACUGAAAACUAUGAAUCUAUGCUUAACAAUUUAAACAAUAUUACCUCAAAGAAAAAUAAAACUCAGGACAUCUCCUUGAAUUUAGACAAAAAGACAAAACAGAAGAAGAACAAAGAACCUAUUGUAGAUCAACUGAAUCUAACUCAAGUUAAAAAAUCAAAGAAAAAGAAUGCAACUGUUGUGGAUGAACAACCUAAAGUCGAGGAGAGUAAAAAUACUGAGAAAGAAAAGCAAGUAUUAGUAUUUUCCGAAGGUUCGUCGGAUUCUAUUGACAUGAAGUUAUUGUUCCCUGAAGACAGCAAUGACAGUGAAGCUAUAGGCGUAAACAAGAACGAGCAAGCCAAGGAUAGCAAGAAAACAGACGAAAACACCGAAGUUCCUGAUGAUUUCAUACCAUUGAAGAGAACUGAAGGCAAAACAAACAUUCUUGAGAAUUCAGAAACCAUUAACAAGUCUGUGGAUGAAUCAGUGUUGAAUGUGAGCAGUAAGAAGAAAAAUAAGCGCAAAUCAGCACAGACUGUGGAAAAUGAGGAUAUCAUGAAUGAGCAGGAGACAAAUUUGAAUUUCUUUAUUGAUACAACUGGGGAUCUUGCUGACAGUGAAAAGAAUGAUGCUAACACUUCCAUGAAGAGCAGUGCCAAAAAGAAAAAACAGAAGAAUAACGUCUCCUUUGUUAAUAUUGAAGAGGAAAAACCUGGCCAUGAAUCUGAUGAUGCACCACUCGAAGUUUCGUACCAAAGCAACAGGAACACAACUCAAAUUGAAGAGGAACCUGCAGCUGAAAUUCUAAACGAAAGUGCCAAAAAGAAGAAGAAAAAGAAUAAGAAGGGAUUGAAUUCGUCUGUAGUUGAAGAAAUCAGCUUAUUUGGACAAAAAGCUAACGCAGGUGACAAGUCAAACACUUCGAUCACAGAAGGCAGUGCUAAGAAGAAGAAGAAAUUGUUGGAAUCUCAAGUGGAGCAGGAAAAAGAGGGCGAUACAAACGUUUUAGUUCAAAAUGUUUCAAUAGGCAGUGCUAAAAAGCAGAAACAGAAAACAGCUGAUGAGAGUUCUGGAGUGGAAGCUUCUGAAGAAGGCAACAACUUAAACAAUGAAGAUACGUCAAAGAAACGCAAACGUAAAUCAUCCGCGAAUCAAACCAUAGAAGACAUUGUUUUUGAAAGUGAGCUAAAACUCGAUACUUCUAAGGACUCCACUGCUAAACAGAAGAAGAAGAAAAGGAAAAUAUCACAAACUAAUGACGACACUGAAAAAACUGAUGUUCAAGAAAUAGUAAAGGAAUCUCAAGAUCAAUCUGAUGUUAAAAAUAGCAAGAAGAAAAAUCAACCACUACUUCAAGAUAUUGAAAAUGGUGAGAAAGGAGCCAAGAAGAAAAAUAAAAAGCGAAAAGAGAGAGAUGAUGAUGAAUGCAGUAACAUUUCAAAGAUUCAUAAACAAAAUUCCUUUGACAAGGUGCAUGUUCCUCGGUUACCAACAGAUGUUCUACAACAAUUAGAAGAUAAACCUAAACUAGAGACUCUCGAUGCAGAGAAACCAAAAGUCAUUGCUACAUCAUCAUUUUUAGUAGAACAAACUAAGAAGAGAAGAGCUAAACCUUCGAACUAUUUGGAAGAAAGUGUUUAUUUGAAUGACUCUGUAGAAGAGAAAAAGCAAAGAGGUUUAGUGAAAAACCCAAAAGUUCUGCCAUUCAUACCGACAGCUUCAACAUCGCAUACUGGUUUUACCACCAAGUUUGAAGUCAACAUUAUACCUCAAACAACGCAAUUUGUCGCUCAGUCUAGUGAAGUGCCUAAUUUUAAAAAUGAUUAUCUCUCCAAAAAGAGAAUAAAAAAAUUAGGCACCUUUGAAAAGUGUAAAAGACUAAGGAGUGUCAAACUUUCUAAAUUUUAACAAUAAUAUUUUGAUGAACUAAUUGCUACGGUACCGCCUCAAUACUAUUCCAGUGUUAAUUUAGUAUAUAGGCUUUGUUUUAAUUGUACUCAUUUGUUUCAAUCUUUCAAUAAUUUUUAUCUUAAUUAUUAUGUCUUCUAGAAACAUGUUAUUGUUACAAAAUUGAAAAAAAAAAGAGUCAGUGUUUGGCUAUGAAAUUAAAAAUAAAGUUUUUCAUGUUUGAAGAUUUUGAACUAAUGUUGAAUGUUGACAAUUGUGUUUAGCAUGAUUAUUUUUUUCUCGUCUUGUGUCAUAUCUUUUAAAAAAUAUACAUUUUGUGUUAUGUAAUUAGCUUUUAAGAUGCCUGGAAUCAAAGCUUUGUGUAAUUUACUGCACAAAACAUUAUGGAAGGCUAUGAUACAAGGCAUUUACAUUGUUGAUACUUUUCUUUAUGAUGCCGUAUCUGUUGUAUUAAAUUUUUUCUAUGACUAUAAAUAUUUUAAAGUAUCAAUAAUAUCAAAGAAAUGAUUUCUACGUUUUAUGACAAGUGUUUGUAAUAUUUUGUUUCUUUUGAUUUUCGCGCCACUUAUUGCAAACUUUUCGAAAAUGGCCACUAGAGAGCGCUGGCGUCUAAAAAAAGUGGUAUCGCCCAUGUGUCUUGAGUUUUCAAUUAUAUUUACUUAACUUUUGACAUUUUAUUAUUUUCUUCAAUAAAAAUAUACUUUCCAAUGA